ACCAUUUGGGAUUGGGGUUACAAUUUGGAAGCGUCCAUAUCCCGAAUGCCUGUUUUUCUAGUGCUACUGGGUCCGGGUCCAGAUGUUCCCAGGGGAGGAGAGAUGUCUCUGUGCUUGGGAGUCUGAAGCUGCGAAGAUCCAGGUGGCCCCAGGUACCAGAUCUGCGUUAUUGUGGCUCUCCCGUGCCAGGAUGUGCGGAACAUGUUGAUGCAGCAGGAGCAGCGCCGCUUGCUCGCUGAUCCUGCCGUGACAUUUGGGGACUAAGCCACUGACAGCUCUUGUGGUUUUGCGGCGCUCCCCUGCCAUCGGGCACCUGGCUCCAGACAUUUUUGGAGCUGUAGGGGCGCCCCCCCCCCUUCUAGUCAGGCAGGCGAAUGCGAGGCCUCGGAGGCAGAAUCUGCGUGGAGCCAGCAGGUGCCAGCGCCAGGUUUUCGCAGGGUUUGCGCUCCGGGAUCCACGGAGGUGUGGAUCGGAUUUGAUUCGGUUUCUUGGUGCAAGCGCAGCGGCCAGACUCGCUCUCCGGUUGGAUGGCCCAGGGCGGAGGGCCAGGGGCCAAACCUCGGUUGCACAGUCACUAUGAACAAUGGCCCAGCUAUACUACAAAAAGGUAAACUAUUCACCUUACAGAGACCGGAUCCCAUUGCAGAUUGUGCGAGCGGAGGCAGAGCUCUCCCAGGAAGAGAAGGCCUAUCUCAUUGCUGUGGAGAAGGGGGACUAUGCCAGUGUGAAGCAUGCCUUACAAGAGGCUGAAAUCUAUUACAACAUCAACAUUAACUGCAUGGAUCCUCUCGGACGCAGUGCCCUUUUAAUAGCCAUAGAGAAUGAAAACCUGGAGAUCAUGGAGUUACUGCUGAGCCACAGUAUCUACGUGGGAGAUGCUCUGCUGUAUGCAAUACGGAAGGAGGUGGUAGGGGCAGUGGAACUGCUUCUGAAUUACAGGAAGCCAAGCGGUGAAAAGCAGGUCCCUACCUUGAUGAUGGACACCCAGUUUUCAGAAUUCACCCCUGACAUCACCCCAAUAAUGUUGGCGGCCCACACCAACAACUACGAAAUCAUCAAACUGCUUGUCCAAAGACGGGUAACAAUACCGCGCCCACACCAGAUCAGAUGUAACUGUGUGGAAUGUGUUUCCAGUUCUGAGGUGGACAGCCUAAGGCAUUCCCGGUCAAGGCUGAAUAUCUACAAAGCCUUAGCCAGCCCUUCGUUGAUUGCCUUAUCAAGUGAGGACCCUAUUCUGACAGCCUUCCGGCUGGGCUGGGAACUGAAGGAGCUCAGCAAAGUGGAGAAUGAGUUCAAGGCUGAAUAUGAAGAGCUUUCCCAGCAGUGCAAACGUUUUGCUAAGGACCUUUUGGACCAGGCCCGGAGCUCCAGGGAACUGGAGAUCAUUCUCAACCACAGGGAUGAUCAGAGCGAGGAGCUGGAUCCCCAAAAAUGUCAUGAUUUGGCAAAGCUAAAGGUAGCAAUAAAGUAUCAUCAGAAAGAGUUUGUUGCUCAGCCCAACUGCCAGCAGCUGUUAGCGACACUUUGGUACGACGGCUUUCCAGGAUGGAGGCGGAAACACUGGGCAGUAAAGCUCUUGACCUGCAUCACCAUUGGACUGCUAUUUCCUGUGCUUUCUGUGGCAUAUUUAAUUGCACCUAAGAGCAGGCUGGGACUGUUCAUUAAAAAGCCAUUUAUAAAGUUUAUCUGCCACACCGGCUCUUACCUAACCUUCCUCUUCAUGCUACUUCUGGCGUCCCAGCACAUUGUCAGGACUGAUCUCCAUGUGCAGGGACCACCCCCCACCGUCGUUGAAUGGAUGAUCCUGCCGUGGGUUCUAGGUUUUAUCUGGGGAGAAAUCAAGGAAAUGUGGGAUGGUGGAUUCAAUGAGUAUGUACACGACUGGUGGAAUCUGAUGGACUUUGCAAUGAACUCACUCUACCUUGCAACCAUCUCCCUGAAAAUUGUUGCUUAUGUCAAGUAUAAUGGUUCUCGUCCAAGGGAAGAAUGGGAAAUGUGGCACCCGACACUCAUUGCAGAAGCUCUCUUUGCAAUAUCCAACAUUUUAAGUUCCUUGCGUCUCAUAUCCCUUUUUACAGCAAACUCCCACUUGGGCCCCUUGCAGAUCUCUCUGGGACGCAUGCUGCUAGACAUCCUCAAAUUCCUUUUUAUUUACUGUCUGGUGCUUCUGGCUUUUGCCAAUGGACUGAACCAGCUUUAUUUUUAUUAUGAGACCAGUGCCUCGGAAGAACCCAACAACUGCAAGGGGAUCCGAUGUGAGAAACAGAACAAUGCCUUCUCCACACUUUUUGAGACCCUCCAGUCACUCUUCUGGUCUGUGUUCGGCUUGUUGAAUCUAUAUGUCACCAACGUGAAGGCCAGGCAUGAGUUCACGGAGUUUGUUGGGGCCACCAUGUUCGGAACGUACAAUGUCAUCUCCCUGGUCGUGCUGCUGAACAUGCUCAUAGCCAUGAUGAACAACUCCUACCAGCUCAUCGCUGACCACGCAGAUAUCGAGUGGAAGUUUGCACGGACAAAGCUGUGGAUGAGUUACUUUGACGAAGGUGGCACUCUGCCACCUCCUUUUAAUAUCAUCCCCAGUCCCAAGUCAAUCUGGUACCUUUGCAAGUGGAUCCACAAACAACUGUGCCCAGACAAGGACUCUGAGGAUGAACAUAAGAGGCAUGAAAACCUAAAAACGUUCACGGAACGGCAUGCUGACAACCUGAUUCAGAAUCAACAUUACCAGGAAGUGAUCAGAAAUCUAGUGAAAAGGUAUGUUGCAGCAAUGAUACGAAAUUCCAAAACCAACGAGGGAUUAACUGAAGAAAAUUUUAAGGAAUUAAAGCAGGACAUAUCUAGCUUUCGCUAUGAAGUUCUUGACCUCCUGGGAAACAGGAAACCCCAGAGGAGAAGUUACUCUACUAGCAGCACAGAGGUCUCCCAAAAGGAGGAAACCAAUGAGGAUGGUUCUGGAGAAAAAGCCAAAGCCAAGAGUGUUUCUUUCAAUGUAGCCAACAAGAAAAAAGAUUUCAAUGUGUCAGCUCUCAUUAAAACUAUGUCUGGGAUCGAGAUUGUGGAAGAGAAACCAAAAAGCAAUGGAAUAAAUAAGCGCUCCUUUGUCCGGAACGGGAAUAGGGUUCAGAGGCUUUCAAACUCCAAGAAAGAAUCUUUCAAGAGACUGGGUCUCCUAUUUUCUAAGAUGAAUGGGCAUGUGCCUGAGCCAAAUGCAGAGCCUAUGUACACUAUUUCAGAUGGAGUCAUUCAGCCACAUUACAUGUGGCAAGACAUUAAAUAUUCUCAGAUAGAUAAAGAGAGGGAAGAAAACUGUUCCAAAAGUGAAAUUAACCUCAAUGAGGUGGACUAUAGUGGGAACAUGCGACUUACAGGACAGAGCAAGGAAUGCCCUAUGGUUUGUACCAGCUCCCUUCACUGUGCUUCCAAUAUUUGCUCCUCUAAUUCCAAACUUAUAGACUCCACGGAGGACGUAUUUGACUCUUGGGGAGAGACCUGUGACUUGUUUAUAAACCAGUGGAAAGAUGGUCAGGAAGAUCAUGUUACAACUCGACUAUAAGUCAAACUAUUAAACACCUGCUAUAGAAGGAAUUACUAAUGUUCUAAGACAAAUCAUGAUGCAGAAAGCUUAUCUUUAAAAUGAAUGUCUUUUAUCUAAAGAGGUGUUUGAAAUGUGGUAGAAGAGCUGGAUUCUUAUCUUCAGAACUUUAGUUUUUCUGGAGCAUGAAGGACCAUCAAUCUUCAUUUGAUUUUUAAAGGUGCAUGAAGCAGAAAAGAGGGAAAGAACAUGAACUCACUUGUUAGAAACCACCUUAAAAGUGAUUUCCAGAAAAACCUUCCAGAGAUCAAUUCAUUAUAAGCAGUUCAGCAACUGUGAAAAACAGCACCUCCAACUGUCUUCAGAGACCACUUCUGAAUACCACUUCAUCACUGUUCAUUUUUUACUUCACACUGGUGGCAUAAACAGACCGCCAUGAUGUGGUUGCGUUCUUGCGCAUGCCCAAUGGUGAUCAGACACCCUUCCUUCUAGCACAAUUAGCUAACAAAACACUGUGAUAUCUUUAGCCAACAAAAUUCAGAGGAGAUGCCUUUUUGACUAUUAAAAGUUUUGUUUUCGAGGUUUGAUGUGUUUUAGUGUAGCUACUUGGGAGUAUUGUGAAGUUUCAUUUAAAAGCAACUUUAUACAAUAUAGUCUGGGAACUAUAGACUGCUGAUCUGUUGAAGGGGAAAGGAUGGUAAAGGAAAUUUAAGUAUUCUAUUUUCCUACAUGGCAAGUGGAAUGGGCUUAUUUUGCCAAAUAACUUUUUUGCAAAUACUUUAUCUUUCAAUUGCAUCUUCUGAGAGUUUAAUCAUAGAAACAGUUUGGAAUCUAAACGUAUUUUGAUGGCAUGUUACUCCAUAGGAUGAAAAACAAUAGCUAGGGAAUUUUGGUUUUGUAAUUUUUGGUCAAAAUCUUGUUGCCCUUAAGUGGGAAUUUUGCUUGCACAAAAACUACAUGAGGGCUCAGGAUUUGGCCAUUAAAUAGCCGCCUCUUUAAGGGGAAAAAAAACCCUGUUAAUUUUACAUACUUAUCUAUUUUCUGUCAGCAGUGCAAACUCUGUAUCAUUCCCAAACACAUGUAAAAAGGGAGAAGUGAUGUACAUAAAUGAAAUUAUUUUAUGUGUAUUUUUAGCUUAAUUGUAAACUGAAAAAAUUAAAAAGCAUUUAACUUUUUUCCAAAAAUGUAUGUCUAUUGAGAUUCAAGGUGUUUCUACCUUUUCAGAUGUAACAUUUCCAGCUGACUAUUGAUAAU